AUGGACGUCACGUCAUUGCUAAACGCAGCAUCGGCUGUGCACAAGGAGGCGGCAUUGACGAGGGAAGGAUCAAACUCGAUGGAUCAAACACUUAUAUCGUCGAUACUCGAUGAGGGUACCUCAUACUCACCCUUUACGCGGGCAGAAUCUCCGGAAAAGACGCCUUCGCGAAGGACAAGUGACUCCAAACCACCAAGUCGGAAUAGGACACCGUGGGAUGCGAAUGGAUAUGCACUGCCUCUGACCGUGGACACUAAAUCAACACAAGCACCUGCUGGACCGAUAUGUUAUAGCGAGUCUCCUGUGGAUUCCGUCAGCCCGAAUUCUGAACCGAGACACAAAAUAUCUGACAGCCAGAGUAGUAUGUCAUCGUACGCCUCUUCAUCGACGUCUUUGACUCACUCUCGAAUCUCCUCCAUGUCCACCGUGAGCGGCAUGCACACCAUGAGCACCAUUCCUGAUGUCUCGUCGCUCGAGGUUAGGUCCGAUUGCGCCGAACAAUCGGUGGGCUCUAACAAACGGCCGAGGAGGGAGGGGGUCUUGUCUCCGGCGCCAAUUCUCGAGGAACCGGCCACCACUGGACAUGGACGGCCCGGCUCCCCCUCUGAUGCCAUGCUGAUGUCGAGGACUAUACAGUGCCCCGAUCGGAUGAGCCCACCGGUCACCAUCAUCCCAAAACACUUGCGGAGAGAAACCGGCUACCUCGUCCCGCCUGAUCUUGCCAAAGCACAUAAACGAGCUGCUUCUGCACCCGACUUUGCUCCUGUCAACUCCUUAGAUCGGACAUUCCCUCCUCUUCCUACCACACAUCAGCCCACUCCUCCACCAUCCUAUCACGCUGAUCGCCGGCCAAGCUACGCGAUGGAUAUCAAGUCUUCUUCCCCUAUCGACGAUACAGUCCCUUCCCUUGAGGAGGGUGUCCACUGCAUGUACGUUGAUGACUGCGAUACCAAUUCCCAACCUCGCAAGGCAAUAUCGCAUAUAUUUGGGCGAAACAAGCUGUGCACGCGCAUGAUCCCUCCCCACGUCUGGGUACACUAUUGUCGGAAGCACUACCAACGAACCAGAUACCGCAAUGCACAAGAGUAUGCUAAGGUGCAGUGCGAUCUUGUCCGGAGACAGGUCCGCCGCGUGCAAAGCUGGAGUGACCAGAACCGAGAAGUCGGAACCAUCGGCGUACUUCAGGACUGGACCUUGGCGAUGAGAAAGCGGGAGCAGGCCCGAGUACAAGACAAGUCCAAAAACAAGCGACGACGCCGCUGUGAGGAUAGCGACGAAGAGGACGCCAAAGACGAGGGCGUCGACGAAGAAGAAGAUGAAGAAGAGACCAUCGAUCGGGCUAUACUAAACGGCACUGCUGUUCCGGACUGGUUGCGUAAGAUGUGCCGCGACGGAUACACCACGGCCGAGAUCGUCGAGAUCGUUGGAGAGCUGAAGGAGCACAUGGAACACCACGGUCUCACACAGAUUCCGGAUAUUGAGAUCCUCCCCAACAUCUCUGGCAACCCGGCUGACGAGGCCAAGCCCACCAAGGCAGCUUCCAAGCGCAAGACCAGCGCCAACAGAGAGAGCAAGCGGCAGAUGAUCGGUGGCCAGUCGGGACUCCCUGAACGUUUGAUCCCCACCACCCCCGGUGCAUCGGCGGUAAGACCCAUCCAUCACCUCGCACAUCGCCCACGCCAAACCUUCCACGGCAUCCAGGAGCAGCGAGCAGAGGAGUCGUACUUCAACAGCGAGAGUGCCAGAGGACCUCAUUACAGCUUCUCAGGUCCACUGCCUGCGCCGACUCCCCAGCGGCUCGGUGGCCAACCCAUGGCUACGCAGCUCGAGUCCAGCACUGCAUCCGGCUACCACGACAGUCGGCGUCCGUCCCACCAGCGAUCGUACUCGGAAGCCGGCAGCUUCAUCCAUAGCCCUGAGUUCUCGUUCCACGCGAACACGUCGUCCCAGUACCCUUCCAUGCCUCCGAGCUACCACCACGAUCCUCCGUCCUACGAUAACCGCUACGCGCAGGGCGACCGGACGUUCGCGGCUUCGGGCCCACCCUCCUAUUAUGAGGAUGUGGCGUCGUCACCCCGGACCUACACCACCCCGCAAUUCUCCACGUGGUCCUCCCCGGCCCCGUCGAACCUGUCGCACCCGUCACCUUACGCCGGAAGCCGACAUGCUCGGCACCAGAGCACUCCCAACUCUGCCCACCCGAGUAUUCCUCGUGUCUCUGGUCUGGACUACGACCACCCCCCGGCUUCUCGCUCCCCGAGUUCGUUUGCAGCGUCCCCUUCUUAUCACCGACGCCAGCAUUCAUUCGCGCCCUUGGCCCGGAAUUACAGCUCCUACAGUCAGCCUUCUUCCAUCCAGGAAUCCGACCAGACCAAGUCGCUGUACGGCGAGCGUCGCUAG